GAGGCGGAGGAAGACGGAGCGGGAGUCCGAGCAGGCCCGGCGGCGCCAUGGAACUGGGCCCGGAGCCCCCCCACCGCCGCCGCCUGCUCUUCUCCUGCAGCCCCACUCCUGCUCCGCAGCCCAUGGGGAAGGCGCUGUUUGGCGCGUCGGCUGCUGGCGGACUGUCCCCUGUCACCAACCUGACGGUCACCAUGGACCAGCUGGAAGGGCUGGGCAGUGAGUGUGAGAAGCCAAUGGAGGUGAGAAACAACAGCAGUCUACAGAGAAUGGGCUCCUCUGAAUCGACAGAUUCAGGUUUCUGUCUAGAUUCUCCUGGGCCCUUGGACAGUAAAGAAAACCUUGAAAUUUCCCUGAGGAGAAUACAUUCCUUACCUCAGAAACUCUUGGGUUGUAGCCCAGCGCUGAAGAGGAGCCAUUCUGAUUCUCUAGACCAUGACAUCUUUCAGCUCAUCGACCAGGAUGAAAAUAAGGAAAAUGAAGCAUUUGAAUUUAAAAAGCCUGUAAGACCUGCAUCUCGUGGCUGCUUCAAUGUUCAUGUACAUGAGGAGAAUAAAGAUCUCUUCACAUACAGGCAGAACUCAGCCCCAGCUCGUAUGCUCUCUUCAAAUGAAGGUGAUAGCAGUGAAUCAGGAAAUUUCAGUUCUCUUUUUACAUCCCAGUCACCUGUGAAAGCCACUUUGUCUGAUGAGGAUGAUGGCUUCAUAGAUCUUCUGGAUGGAGAGAAUCUAAAGAAUGAUGAAGAGACCCCUUCAUGCAUGGCAAGCCUCUGGACAGCUCCCCUUGUCAUGAGAAGACCUACAAACCUUGGCAAUCGGUGCAGGCUGUUUGCCUCCCCUGCCCCGUGCAGCUCCAGCAGCAGCUCCGGCAGCAGCUCCAGCACUCGGUCCCUGUUGAAGAGAACAGAACGAUCUCAUGAAGAGUCUCCUCGAAGAAGCACGAAGCGGAGGAAGAGUGUGUCCAGUCCUGUCAAAGCAGAUAUUUUAGAGCCAACCCAAGAGCUUCUACACCAGUCUUUAUCCCUGACAUCUUCACCCAAAGGAACCAUUGAGAACAUUUUGGACAGUGACCCAAGAGACCUUAUAGGGGAUUUCUCCAAGGGUUAUCUCUUCCAUACGGUCUCUGGGAAGCAUCAAGAUUUGAAAUAUAUUUCUCCAGAAAUUAUGGCAUCUGUUUUGAAUGGCAAGUUUGCCAAUCUCAUUAAAGAGUUUGUUAUUAUUGACUGCCGAUACCCAUAUGAAUAUGAAGGAGGUCACAUCAAGGGUGCUGUGAACUUGCACAUGGAAGAAGAGGUUGAGGAAUUCUUGCUCAAGAAACCUAUCGUGCCUACCGAUGGCAAGCGUGUCAUCGUCGUGUUCCACUGUGAGUUUUCUUCUGAAAGAGGCCCUCGCAUGUGUCGAUAUGUGAGAGAAAAAGAUAGGCUUGGCAAUGAAUACCCCAAACUCCACUACCCUGAGCUGUAUGUCCUAAAGGGGGGAUACAAGGAGUUCUUCCUGAAAUGCCAGUCUCACUGUGAGCCCCCCAGUUACCGACCCAUGCACCAUGAAGACUUUAAAGAAGACCUCAAGAAGUUCCGCACCAAGAGUCGGACCUGGGCGGGGGAAAAGAGCAAAAGAGAGAUGUACAGUCGCCUGAAGAAGCUCUGAAGCCAGGCGGUAGCGGCCUAAGCUUCUCCCUGCCCCUUCCCUUUCCCUUUGCCAUCCAACAGGAAGCAAAGGAGCCAGCUAUUGUGGUACGCGGAGAACAACCUGGACCUUCUAUGUCUUAAACCUAUCUCCUACACUCCCAGGUUGGAGACCAGAGCAUCCUACUGUUACGCUCUUCCGUCCUAUAAGACUCCUUCCUUGUCAGGACUGUCUGCCAAAGCUGGACCUGCCAUAGCGCAGACCGGAGUCUGCUCUGACAGAGCAUCCCAUGAAGAAGUAACUGGGGCCUUAUUGGGUGGACCCUGGCCUCCUGUCGUGAGGGGAGAGAAGUGGCAAACAGAAGUGCUGCUGGCCAAAUACCAAAGAUAGGCUGGAAGAGGUCCUCGUGGAUGACCCAUAACUUUAAUUUAUUCAGCUUCAUCAAUUGUUUUAUUUUUUUUUUUAUUCCUCAAGACUUUUACUUUACUGCUUCGUUAAGUCAAAAUACUGCCAUAUUAGGUAGAGUUUUAUCAUCCCAGGAACUACCUCUACUUUUAAUUUAAAAAAAAAAAAAGAAAGAAAAUGGGGCAGGGAUAAGAAAAGGCAAACCUGUUGAGUUGUGGACAGCGCUAGGAGCUCAGUCACCCCUAGGAGGCGCUGUGGACUGGGAUUGCUGCUACUCAAAGUCAAGGACUGAGAUACUGGUAAGAGCCUGCACCAGAUCCAGGCUUGGCUACAGGACAUAAGCUAACCUUCCCACGCCUACCUCUGUCCUUUGUGAUCUCCUUGGGAAAGUUUUGUCUCCACUCUCCUUGUCCCAGGUCCCCAGGAUAGUGGCUGGUAUCGGAGUCACAAGAAAGCACUUGAAGCAGCUUCUGUCUGGCCACCCCCAGGCCAGUGCUGGAAUUCUGUAGUGGAGGUACCCCAAGGUGAGAGUGGGAAGGGAUGAAUGGAGACCACAGAGCUAGGGAGGACCAUGCCCACUGAAUGUCCUUUAAAAAAAAAAAAAGUCAUUUUAGGAGUUGAGUAUCAAAUCAGUGUUGUGUGGGCACCCAAGGAUGAGGGGGGCCAGAAGCCCAGGCCAUUAGGUGGAAGGAGUGGGUCAUGGCCUACAGGUGACUGUAGAAUUUCUCAGGAGGGAGUGUGGUAAAUUUGAAUUAAAAUGUUCUGGGUUUAUCAUGUUUUGAUUUGAGGGACAGGGAAUGAUGAGUCACCCGAGUUACCCCCUUAAUCUAACCCCCGUGGAAGUGAGGCUCUUGAGGGAACAUCUCCCUUCUGAGGAGCUGGGCUGCUUGGAGUCUGUGCAGCCUGUUUGGUGCCUGUUCAUCAACAUUCUCAGGUGUCAGUCUCCCGGUCGUCUUUGCUCCUCUGGGGUCUAGCCAGGUUUUUCUUAGGGAAAGUCUCCCCUCUUACCUCUGCUUUCUAUUCUAGGGGUGGGGAGGGAAUCAAUGAUAUUAAAGACGGCUAGUUGCUUUGUUAAGGGUUUGAGUCACAUUUGGCUAUAAAACAAAUCUUGUUGGAAAUAUGUGGAGAACAAGGGAAUGCGCAGCCUCUUCCCAAUGUUGAAACAUGUCCCGAUUGGUCUCCGGUCUGGUUUGUAGAGAUUCUGUUAGUUGAAUGCUGUAAGGAGAAUGGCUUUUUGGAUUGUACCAGCUUAGCUAGCAUUGUUAACCAACUGUUGCAGGCUCUGCAAAUAAAAGUGAUCUUGAACCCA